AUUCGCUGUGUGACCUUGGCAAUUCCCUUUAUUCCUUGCGGUCUGCUUCGUCCUCUGGAGAAAAAAAAAAUUGGAUUACAGAAAUAUUUCUUAACCUUUUCAGGGUCACCAACACGUUUGGGAAUCUGAUAGAAGCUACGAGUCCAUCUCUGCAGAGACAUGCUCACAUAAGCAAAAACUGGCCUGUGCUGUAGGGAGUUCCAGACUUGGAAGCUCAUUUGAGGCUCCAAAUCUCUGGAUUGAGUGAUCUCCAAGGUCUCUUCAGCGCUGACAUAUAUAGUGAGUCUAUAAGCGACCGUACUGCUGUCAGAAUGACUCCUAGGAGACAUCAAAGCGUGGAGGGGUUUAUUAUAGAUAGAAGCGAGAUGAGAAAAGGAUACAAAGGAAACAGCCUGUGAGCAACGCAUUGCUCAGCCACAGUUCUUUGCCGGUGCCAAAUUUAGGGCUGGCUGUCCUUGUAGGUGAGAGGUUUUGGCGGGAAGGUCCCCGGGUGGGCAGAGAACGCCGGGAUGGGGAAGGAGACCUCAGGCCGCAUCCAGGUCUCUGCACCGCUCUGCACGGUCCGCCAGGGCUCGCUCUUGCCCUUCGCCUGGAAGGCCGAGGAAUGGAGCGGGCCGGGCGGCGACCCCGCCCCUGGCAGCGGCGAGGCGGAGAGGCGAGAGGAGGGCGUCUGAGCCCGGAAGGAGUGCGCCGGUCCGGCCCGCGCCCCUCCCCGCGCGCCUCCCCCCACUCUCCCCCUCCCGUCGCCGACAACGGCGGUGCUCUGGUCGCCAUGGUGACCAAUCCAGGCCCGGGCCCGCCCCCGUCCCCCUUCCCCGGCCCCCUGACGUCGGCGCACGUCAGCGGCGGCGCGCGCCUGGCUGGGCCCUGCGGAGCGGGAGGGAAGGAGCGAAGGAGCAAGCGGAGCGGCCGUCGCCCCAGCCGAGAAGCGCUGCCAGCCCUCCCGCCCGCCCGCCCGCGCUCCUGUCCGCCGUGUCUAGCAGCGGGGCCCAGCAUGGUCAUGGCGGAUGGCCCGAGGCACUUGCAGCGCGGGCCGGUCCGGGUGGGGUUCUACGACAUCGAGGGCACGCUGGGCAAGGGCAACUUCGCUGUGGUGAAGCUGGCGCGGCACCGGAUCACCAAGACGGAGGUGGCCAUAAAAAUAAUCGAUAAGUCUCAGCUGGAUGCAGUGAACCUUGAGAAAAUCUACCGAGAAGUACAAAUAAUGAAACUGUUAGACCACCCUCACAUAAUCAAACUUUAUCAGGUAAUGGAGACCAAAAGCAUGUUGUACCUUGUGACAGAAUAUGCCAAAAAUGGAGAAAUUUUUGACUAUCUUGCUAAUCAUGGCCGGCUAAAUGAGUCUGAAGCCAGGAGAAAAUUCUGGCAAAUCCUGUCUGCUGUUGAUUAUUGUCAUGGUCGGAAGGUUGUGCACCGUGACCUCAAAGCUGAAAAUCUCCUGCUGGAUAACAACAUGAAUAUCAAAAUAGCAGAUUUCGGUUUUGGAAAUUUCUUUAAAACUGGUGAACUUCUGGCAACAUGGUGUGGCAGCCCCCCUUAUGCAGCCCCAGAAGUCUUUGAAGGGCAGCAGUACGAAGGACCACAGCUGGACAUCUGGAGUAUGGGAGUUGUUCUUUAUGUCCUUGUCUGUGGAGCUCUGCCCUUUGAUGGACCAACGCUUCCGAUUUUGAGGCAGAGGGUUCUGGAAGGAAGAUUUCGGAUUCCAUAUUUCAUGUCAGAAGAUUGCGAGCACCUUAUUCGAAGAAUGUUGGUCCUAGAUCCAUCCAAACGGCUAACCAUAGCUCAAAUCAGGGAGCAUAAAUGGAUGCUCAUUGAAGUUCCUGUCCAGAGACCUGUUCUCUAUCCACAAGAGCAAGAAAACGAGCCAUCCAUCGGGGAGUUUAAUGAGCAAGUUCUGCGGUUGAUGCACAGCCUUGGAAUAGAUCAGCAGAAAACCAUUGAGUCUUUGCAGAACAAGAGCUAUAACCACUUUGCUGCCAUUUAUUUCUUGUUGGUGGAGCGCCUGAAAUCACAUAGGAGCAGUUUCCCAGUGGAGCAGAGACUUGAUGGCCGCCAGCGCCGGCCUAGCACUAUUGCUGAGCAAACAGUUGCCAAGGCACAGACUGUGGGGCUCCCAGUGACCAUGCAUUCACCCAACAUGAGGCUGCUGCGAUCCACCCUCCUUCCCCAGGCAGCCAACAUGGAGGCCUUUUCAUUUCCAGCAUCUGGCUGUCAGGCGGAGGCAGCAUUCAUGGAAGAAGAGUGUGUGGACACCCCAAAGGUAAAUGGCUGUCUGCUUGACCCCGUGCCUCCUGUCCUGGUACGGAAGGGGUGCCAGUCACUGCCCAGCAACAUGAUGGAGACCUCCAUUGACGAAGGGCUGGAGACAGAAGGAGAGGCUGAGGAAGACCCCACUCAUGCCUUCGAGGCAUUUCAGUCCACGCGCAGUGGGCAAAGACGGCACACUCUGUCAGAAGUGACCAAUCAGUUGGUCAUGAUGCCUGGGGCAGGGAAAAUUUUCUCCGUGAACGACAGCCCCUCCCUUGACAGUGUGGACUCAGAGUACGAUAUGGGGUCUGUUCAGAGGGACCUGAACUUCCUGGAGGAUAACCCUUCCCUUAAGGACAUCAUGUUAACCAAUCAGCCCUCACCCCGCGUGACAUCUCCCUUCAUAAGCCUCAGACCUACCAACCCAGCCAUGCAGGCUCUGAGCUCCCAGAAGCGAGAGGUCCACAACAGGUCUCCAGUGAGCUUCAGAGAGGGCCGCAGAGCAUCAGAUACCUCCCUCACCCAAGGAAUUGUAGCAUUUAGACAACAUCUUCAGAAUCUGGCUAGAACCAAAGGAAUUCUAGAGUUGAACAAAGUGCAGCUGCUGUAUGAACAGAUAGGACCAGAGGCAGACCCUAACCUGGCACCCACAGCUCCUCAGCUCCAGGACCCUGCUAGCAGCUGCCCUCAGGAGGAAGUUUCUCAGCAGCAGGAAAGCGUCUCCACUCUCCCUGCCAGCAUACAUCCUCAGCUGUCCCCACGGCAGAGCCUGGAGACCCAGUACCUGCAGCACAGACUCCAGAAGCCUGGCCUUCUGUCAAAGGCGCAGAACACCUGUCAACUUUAUUGCAAAGAACCACCACGGAGCCUGGAGCAGCAGCUGCAGGAACACAGGCUCCAGCAGAAGCGACUCUUUCUCCAGAAGCAGUCUCAACUGCAGGCAUAUUUUAAUCAGAUGCAGAUAGCAGAGAGCUCCUACCCGCAGCCAAGUCAGCAGCUGCCCCUUCCCUGCCAGGAGACUCCAUCGCCUUCUCAGCAGGCCCCACCGUUCAGCCUGAGCCCGGUCCUGGAGCCCUCCUCUGAGCAGAUGCAAUACAGCCCUUUCCUCAGCCAGUACCAGGAGAUGCAGCUUCAGCCCCUGCCCUCCACUUCAGGUCCCCGGGCUGCUCCUCCGCUGCCCACACAGCUACAGCAGCAGCAGCCACCACCGCCACCACCACCGCCACCGCCACGACAGCCAGGAGCUGCCCCAGCCCCCUUACAGUUCUCCUAUCAGACUUGCGAGCUGCCAAGCGCUGCUUCCCCUGCACCAGACUAUCCCACUCCCUGUCAGUAUCCUGUGGAUGGAGCCCAGCAGAGCGACCUCACAGGGCCAGACUGUCCCAGAAGCCCAGGACUGCAAGAGGCCCCCUCCAGCUACGACCCACUAGCCCUCUCUGAGCUACCUGGACUCUUUGAUUGUGAAAUGCUGGAUGCUGUGGAUCCACAACACAACGGGUAUGUCCUGGUGAAUUAGUCUCAGCACAGGAAGUGAGGUGGGUCAGGUGACGGAAGAGUGUAUGUUUCUAUUUUUAUUCCAGCCUUUUCAAUUUAAAGCUUAUUUUCUUGCCCUCUCCCUAAUGGGAGAAAUCAAGUCACCCAAUGGAAUCAGAGGGCCUGGCUGGGGUGGAUGCUCCUCCUGGUUCUGCCCCACCACAAAGUUUUCUGUGGCAAGUGCUGGAACAUAGUUGUAGGCUGAGGCCCUAAUGUCAAGGGAGCAAGCCCUCGAGGGAGGCACUCAGUUCCUAAGAAGACACUCAGACCCAGGUUUUAUGCCGGAUUACAUCAGUUUAUCAUCAAGGGCAACCUUGGUGAGAGCAGAAAAGGUGUGUGCUAUGGCAUAUAUAUGGGGAAAAAAGGCAAUAUAGUUUUCACUGAAGGUGAGCAACAACAUAUUGCUACAAGGCAUAUCAAGAAGACAUCAGGAGAUCAGGUGCACAGGGAAUCAAAAGCUGUGCUUUGUCAUUGAAUCUGAAGUUCUUACCUGCUGAUGCAAGUUGCUACCCAAGGCCGUCACAAAGCAGUGGAUCGGGGCCACUACGUAACAGCUGCUACCCCUGAGACCACCUUCAUGUCCAUUCAGGAGCAGGUGACACACGUCUUCAGAAGGUGCCCUGGGUUGCCGAGUGUCAGAAUAUACUCAGGACUCCAAAGGUGUCACACAUGGAACUGACAGGAGACCCGCCACAGUGGAGGCAGGGGGAAAGAAACUCAAGAAAGCAUCAAGAGCACCAGCCCUGGGCCAGGGAGGACGGGCUCUUCCUGCAGUCUCCUGGACCCUGCUGGCUUGGGGGCAGUCGGUCUCCAGGGUACCUGUUGUCUCUUUUCCAAUGUAAUAACUACUUUGACCUUACACUAUAUGUUGCUAGUAGUUUAUUAAGCUUUGUAUAUUUGGACAGUUUCAUAUAGGGCUUAGAGAUUUUAAGGACACGAAAAAAGAACUUUUACAUCCCAUGUGAAGUGGUAGUGCUGUGCCUUUCCCCCAGAUCAUGCUUUAAUUCUUUCUUUUCUGUAGAAACCAACAGUUUCCAUGUAUGUCAAUGCUAAAUCCAAAGUCACUUCAGAGUUUGUUUUCCACCAUGUGGGAAUCAGCAUUCUUAAUUUCCUUAAAGUUUUGACUGUAAUGAAAUGUUCAAGUAUUACAGCAAUAUUCAAAGAACCACAGAUGUGUUAACCAUUUAGGCAGAUCAUCUGCCAAACUCGUUAUAUUCCUAAUAAAACUUAACCAGUGCUUACAAUUCAGUCAUCAAAGUAAGUGAAAAAUAGAUGCCACAGCUAGCUAACUGUAUCCCUAGAAGUGAUGAGUCAUUUGUCGUUUGGACAGUUAACAUCCGGGUGUUACAAAUCCAGUGUUAAUUCUAAAGAUCGUUUCUGCCCUUCAGAAUGGCUUGUUCCAUCAGCAGAUGAGUGUGUUAAGCACAAAGCAUCUUCUUUAAAGCACAGAGACACUAACUGAUGCUGCAUCUAGAAAACACCUUUAAGUUGCCUUUCCUCUUUGUAGUUAAUGUCCAGGCAGGUGAGGACGCAUGGAAAGCCUAAGGGGUUCCGUUCUGGCCAUGCGAACCCCCGUCGGUAACCUGAGCAGUCCCUGUUGCUGGCCAGAGGUUGCCUAGUCGCCAGCCCUCACCAUGGGUGCCAGGAUGCUUCGCAGAGGCACUGUGCUCGCGGUUGGACUCUGGGUGUUAGUGGGAAAGGGCAGUGUGGGGGGACUGUCGUUUUGUGAUUUAAUCACACACCGUGAAAACCCAGGAAGAAUGAAUGAAGCUCCUUCUGGGAGUUUAUUCCUACUCAUGCUUAAGAUUGAUGAUUUUGUGAAAUAAUAAAGAACAUGAUUUCAUUGAAGAGAUCAUUUCAUUAAGAUCUCUAAUCUGUUUUGAGUCUUUGCAAAAUAGCCAGUUAUAAAAUGGGGCUUGAUUUGUUUAGACUGAAGGAAGACAUUGUCCCAAGAUAUACUACAGAAGUGCUGCUGCAGUAUUUGUGAUAUUAAAAUGCCUUCCAGUUCCUCCAGGAACUGCAGGAAUGGUACAGUUACAGCUUGACAUAAACUCCAGCCCCCAACAAUACCAUGAGUUGCUUAGUCCAGGAGACCAGGGAGCUAAGGCAGGAUGGUUAGGCGGACAGACAAGGGACUGCAGAGAGGCUAUUUGAAGGUUAAGGACCCAGAGAGAAAUCGAGAGACCUCCUGCAGUAGCCAGGCCCAUCAGGAACCCUCAGGCACAGCAGUGGUGUGAACACCAGCCUGAUGCAGCGCAGGAUCCCUCCUGCUGGAACCUGUUGUAAGCUCCUAUUUGCUUAUCUCCUCAUUUAUUUCAGGCACAAAUCAAUGAAUCCCAUAACCCUGUGUACUGACUGCAGUGUAAGCUGCCGAGGAGACUGGUUCUGUUGGUCAGGCAGGUGUUUGCUCAGCCCUGUCUGAUCACGUCUGCUGUCCUGUCCCCAACUAGUGACCCAUGGAAGCUUCCAAGCAGUUUUCUCUUCACCAGUACUAACAUAACACUAAGAAGGCUUAGCACCACUCUUUCUGCGGGGCUGUUUGGAAGCACUGACUUGCUCUCCAGUCUGCUUCACAUGAGCAGUGUGUACACUACUGUAUCAUCACCAUUUGCUUCAUCCUGUAAACCAGGCUCCUCUGAAGAGACUCUGGUGAGAUGAACGUGAGGUAAAAAUUUCAUUCGGCAAAAAGUGUACAUAUGUGUGGUACUUUAUUUUUUAUGUUCUUUGUUUUAAUCCAGGGUAUUAGUCUCUGCUCUGGGAGAAAUGCACUCGCUCUGCAAUUUCCAGCUGGGCAAGUGUGUCUCUAGUAUUUCCAUGCAACUGAUAUGCUGGCUCCUGUAAGGCAAAUAGCAUUUUAGCCCGACAGGAAGAGGGGUCCACUUUCGCAUUCCCAGUGACUCCAACCAUCCCAGCUGCCCCCUCGCCACCUCUGCCUGCACCGCCCUCUGCCACCAUGGGAACAGGAGGAGGCUGAUGGUCUACACUGACCACCUCCAGAAUCCAUGUGCGGGAGAGCACCAGGGCCCACCAGGGGAGUGGAGCUGGGGCUCAGGGACCGUUCAUGCAGAUCUGAGCAAACCCCUUCUCUUCUCCAUCCACCUUUGCCUCCUAGGAAAGAAAAAGUCAGUGGCCCAUUCUCCCUCAGAAAUCAAGAACUCCUAAGUGUUUAAACCUGUCCUGGAGUCAGUGAAUGGGACAGGAGCCCAGGACUGAAGCCAGCCCUCACCUCUCGUGCCCCUUCCUGACUCUGGCCCUGGAGUAAUGAGGGGUUCUGUGCUUUGAUGGGGAGCAAGGAGGAACCCCUUGUAGGAAUAUCAGCCUCUCCCCUGCCCCCUACCCUCUCUCAUUGAUUGAAGGCUGCAGCAGAAGAGACUCCUCCUGAGACGGACUCCCCCACCCCCACCCACACACCGAGUGUCAUCAGUCCUAAAGGCAGGGAAACGCUCACAGAAUCCUGCCCAUGGGUUAGACGUGGGGAGAAGGAUAUUCCCAGCUCGAGUGAUUAGGUGAUCAACCAGAAACUAAGGCAAGGUGACAAGCAGCAGCCUGGGGUCACAGUUGCUCCAGGUCCCAGGCAUGUGGGCACCAGAGCACCCUCUGGAGCCACGCGGGCAGUUCAGGAUGCAAGGUCAGAGUGAGUGAGCGGUGCUCCUUCUGUGGGUCCUCCAGCCUCUAGUCAAGCCCCAGGUUCAUAAAUACGUUUGGAUUACAUUUUAAAACCUGUACCAACAGUCACACUUAAGCUCCCUAUUGGCUAGAAGAAACUCAUACUCCAGAUAACUUUCCCAUUCAACCUCCUGUAGAGACAAUACGCAGUCAUGUCACAGCACUGGUCCCCAUGAACAGUGGCUGACUCUGGCACUGAGUGACUUGCUGCACUCGAACCCCUAAACAGCUGCCUCUACUGCCUCCUCAGAAGCCACCCAAGCCGCUCAGUCUCUUGGUGCCUAGACACAAAGAUGAAAACUGGAGAACAGGGAGGGCCACAAGUUGGAGUCAUUGUACAGGUGGGGCUCUUUGAUCAUUUUGUUGCUUCUGGGUUUUUGAUUUUUGUUUUUAUCGAGAUGGAGUGUCAUUUUGUUACCCAGGCUGGAGUGCAGUGGUGUCAUCUUGGCUCACUGCAACCUCUGCCUCCUGGCUUCAAGCGAUUCUCCUGCCUCAGCCUCUCAAGUAGCUGGUACUACAUGUGUGCACCACUGCAUCCAGCUAGAUUAGGUAUUUUUAGUAGAGACGGUUUCACCAUGUUGGCCAGGCUGGUGUUGAACUCCUGACCUCAGGUAAUCCACUCACCUUGGCCUCCCAAAGUGUUGGGAUUACAGGUGUGAGCCACCACGCCCAACCUGGAGUUUUUUUUAUAAAACUUAUCUUCAGAGUGAUGUAUGAAAGACGAGCAGUAUCCUCUGCCUCUGUUUCUAAACUGGACAAAGAGAUUUUCAUAAAGUUUCUGUCUCCCUCCUGACAGGUUCCACAGUGUGGUCUGAAGCACCUGUGAUGUCAGAGUUCUUGUCUGGUUCUUGGUGGCAGGUGCACAAAGACAGUGGAGGCUUUCGCCUCCCAGUAGCCUCUCACAUACUUAUUUUCCCAUUUUUUUUUUCCCAAUUAAGGUAGCCUGGCUGAUUCUAAAAGACUUUAUAGCUGGCUGGGGGUGGUGGCUCACGUCUGUAAUCUCAGCACUUUGGGAGGCCAAGGUAGGUGGAUGGUAAGGUCAGGAGAUCAAGACCAUCCUAGCCAACACAGUGAAGCCCCAUCUCUACUUAAAAAAAAAUACAAAAAAAAAAGAAAGAAAGAAAAAAUUAGCCAGGCGUGGCAGUGCAUGCCUAUAGUACCAGCUACUCAGGGGGCUGAGGCAGGAGAAUUGCUUGAACCUGGGAAGUGGAGGUUGCAGUGAGCUGAGAUCGCACCACUGCAGUCCAGCCUGACAACUGAGGGAGAAUCUGUCUCAAAAAAAAAAAAAACUAAAAGCCAUCCUAGGUGCACCCAUCUCCGGGCAGGUUUCAAUGCAUCAGCAGACUCAGACACAGACGGGCACAGAUAGAGAACCAGGCGGCAACCUGCCUGCAGACCCACCCAGGAGAGCUCUGAUGGGCUCUGCCAGAUACCCCGCUUGCCUACCCGCAAGGGAGCAAUAUCGUACAUUUGUACAUCAGUUUUACCAAACACCUUCACAAGCAAUCUCUUCUAAUCCUCACGACGAUUCUAUACAAUGAGUUGGGGGAGAUACUGUCCUUAUUUUUCACAGCUGAAGAAACCAAAGCUCUUGGAAGUUUGUGACUUCUCUGAGGUCACAGCUGGUGAGUGGAGGAGCUGGGACAAGUGCUUGGCUUGACUGGCUUCUGGCUUUGGUGCUCUGCAAGAAGCCCUCUCUUUCCCCCCUCUUUCCUCAGUAGCAUCUGACUCUUCACAAGCAAACAGCUGUAUAAACAAAGCCCCCAUUUUUGUCAAGCAUAGGGUGGAUGUGACAUUGUUCCUACAACCUUAUUCUCUACUCAACAGCCACCUGUUUGGGGGAGAGGCCGCCUUCAGGUGACAGUGCAGCUGUCCAGGUGGCCAUGCACUGCACCAGGCUGAGAGAGACAAAGACCCCACAGACCCACCUGCUCCUCAGCAUCCAGUUAACUGCAGAAGCUUAGGCUCACCUCAAAGAUGUCUACUUUUUCCGUUACAAUAGAGCAGUUUCCUACAGAACACGCCCCUCCUCGAUUGCCAAGGAGCCGCAUUGCAUGGCAUGGGGCCACCACUGCCGGCCAGCAGAUUCCACCCCAGGAACGGUCAUGAACUCAGCCUUCGUCUCAAGGAGGAGUGUAACAUUGCCUUACAGCAAAGCCCCAUCAAACAGAAGUGCUUAUUAGAUAAUUUUAGGAUUAAAAAAGUAAUAACAGACUUUGACUUAAUACUGUCCUUUCAGAGGCAAAGGGGGUGGGUGGGGGGAGCUUUAAAAACAGAAGUUCAAAACAACAUCCUGGAAACAUAUGACCCCAGAUGGAAUAAUGUCGCAUUCCCCCAUGCAGAUAACUGGACUGCUGCUGGCUCUCUGGUGCCUGUCUGCUGAAGGUUUGCUCAGUCAAGGAAAUUCAAGUGGUGAGACCUCUCAGCCAUGGGUGGUAAAAGAAACCUGCCUUCACCAAAAUCUCUGAAGGGGAAAGAAGCAGAGAGAAAGGUUUGCUUCACUUUGGGGACUGCAGUUUGAGAAAUAAAAGGGAUAUAGAGAUUUUGCACUUUGUAGAAAGGGCAAGAUUAUUUGCUUAUAUCUGAAGGGAGGAGGGUCGUUUUGCUGGAUAUUUGGUCUGAAAGAGUUACUUUUGAUAAAGUUAAUCUAAUUGUAGUUAUUUUUUCUGUGUGCUUUUUUUUUAAUUACUAAAAAAAAAGAUUGGUGAGUUCAAUAGCUUUGGUAUUUGGAGGGCAAAUCCUAAUAGCUCCAAUGUGAAAACAAAUCAAAAGUGUAACCUGUGCUUCAAUGUUAGAAAAUUGCCUAAAAUGCAGUGUAAUAAAUAAUCUUUGUACCAAAUGGUAAUUUAAAUGGGGUAAUUUUCUGCAAGGAAAAUGUACUGUUUUUAUGUUUCCAGCCCUCUUGAAUUAAAAUAAAAACAACUUGUUUUCUAA